AUGGCAGAAAAGACACAGGAGCUUCAUACCAAGUAUGAACCUCAUCCAGAUCCCCAGCAACUGACGGGUCAUGACGGCAAUAUUGAUUACGAACCUCACCCUGAACGCUCGUUGAAAAUAUCUCCCGAGCACAAGGCCAUUGUCACGUCGAUCACAAACCUCUAUUCUGGCAGUUGCAGCGAGAAAGACAUGUCGGUGUAUGCAGAGAAGGCGAUAUACGACGACCCGCUGUCAUAUUGCGACACCCGAUACAAAAUUGCCGGCCAGUGGUACGGGCUCCCCAAGAUUUUCAGUAAACUAGAAACGAAGAAGGUCGAAGUGGUCCAGGACACGCCAACGGACAUCGUCUUCAAGCUAAGACAGGAGUACACUCCCAAGGUGGUCAACAUCCCAAAGGAAGUCGACUCUUUAGUCUCGUUGUCCCUCGACGACGCCGGGAAGGUGCGGUAUCACAAGGAUAUGUGGAACUCCAAGGACUACAGUCACUCGGGCAUCGGCAAGCUGAUCAAGAAUCUGAAUGGUGAUCAUCUUCCAAAGAUCACUCAGCCACCGGAUUCGCUGUAG